AUGAAUCUCCACGCCGAACUCCUUCCUAAUAUUCGCCAGAUAACGCUGUAUGUCUCCAUUCCCGCACGUGUGGGACAUGGAGUAUCGAAAUAUGAGCCUGGAAAUGUGUCUUCGGAGGGAGGGAAAGAGCCGGAUAUAUCGGUGUCCCUAUCUGAUUCCCGUCGCGCUCUUACCGUGACCGUUGCUGCUCCCGCUCUGCCAGAGGAAGGGCAUCUUGAAGAGAUACACGGUGUAUCAGAGACGCUCAAGUUACCUGGCAAAGUGAGUGAAACGGCACGGGAUGCAUUUCGGGAUAUGACCAAGCAGCGCGGACAGAUUGUGCGGGACGAUGCAUCCGGAGAUAGAUGGGAGUAUUCGUUUAGAAUGCCUCUUGAUCCAAAUGAUAAUGAAUGUCAUUCUAGUUCAUUGCUAGCUUGUUCGGAUGAGAUUUCGAUGGAUGAUUUUGUCCCCUGGACUGCGCGGGAUAUGACUCCUUUCACGCGGGUGAGGUGUCGGGGCUGCCGGGAGGAGAUCCUGGAUGUGCCGGACAUUAAAGUAUCGAAUGCAGCAGGAUGGACCUGGAAGGAUCUUCCUAGUGGAAACUGGGCCGAGAUGAUGGAUUUCUGGCAUUGUCAUAAGCCGGAUCCGCACGAUCAUGAGGAUGGCGAGAACACAGGCACUACUGACAAAGGGAAUCAAAGUAAUGGUAAAUUGAAUGAUGCUCAGAAUGCUCUCAUCAAGGGGUAUGGGGCGGCGAACCGUGUUGUUGCGGCGCCUGCUACGGUUCUCGUGGAUGUUGCGUCUUUUCUGGUCACCGAGGAUGAUUGUAAGGGCUUGAAGGUCGAAAGAGAGCCCAAGUCCAAAAAAAUGGUCCUGCGCUGCACGAAAUGCGACUCCGUGGUCGGAUCAGAAGAUAUCCACGCAGCCGGAUGGAGACUCUUCAAAGCCAGCGUUUCCCUCUCCAUGGCCAGAUAUACAGAAGCAGAAACAGAGACAGCCUGGGAAAUCCGCUCACCGGAGAUCCUCGUUUCGGCACAGAUACUGGAAACAGUUGAACGGGAGGGCGUGAGGCGAUUCGUGCUGCAUUGUGGUGGGCAAAGAGGAUUAUUGCUCUGGAUCUUCAACCCAGACCUCCGUUACUCCAGUUUGAGCACGAAUGACUCCGACUCCACGUAUACUAAUACGAUCAAUUCCCAACGAGCUAUGAAAGUCUUCUACCAGGACGUCCCCGAUGUGGAAGCCCUCCUGUAUCCAGAGCGUGACGGGCGGGAACCGGGAACUUCAUCUUCGCCUUUCUCCCUCGAUGAACUGGAGCUCCCAUCCCAGACCUUCGUGGAGAUCUCCCGUGUCCUGACGGGGAGUAGUGGGAUGUUACCGUUGUCUGCGAGGAGAUUUCGGGAAUGGAGGGUAGGACUGUUGGGUCGGUUUGAACGGAUGCCUAGGAUGAUCCGUGGUAAUUAA